AUGAGUACGUAUGAUGACGCUACUUCACGCAGCAAGGCGGGAAUUUAUUCAUCAGAAACUAAGCGGGACGGUUCACAGCUCAAGAGCGCCUUAUUAAGAGCUUAGAGGUCAUGUAAAUCAUAUGUUCUCAUGUUUAACUUUAUUUUCAGAAGAAAGAAAUGAACGAGACAGCAGAACUAGAAAUGAACACCAAACCCGUUGGCGAUGAUGCGCACGUCAAAGUUACGCCACGGCAAGGGGGCGUGUCUUUAAAAAGAAGACCUCCAGAAUCCAGAUGUAACUCUAGGAGUGUCAACUCAGGUUUUAAAUCUCCAGUACUGAAGCCUAGUAUGGCGAAAUCUCCUGUUUGUCUUGAGGAAGAAGUGAAAGAGCUCAAGACAACAUUGAAUUGUCUGGAUUCAGAGAUUGCCUCGCUGGAAAAAGAAGGAUUUGUUGUACAAGAGCUGGAUCAGCACAUCGACCUGCUGCAUGAAUACAAUGACAUCAAAGACAUCGGACAAACUCUACUGGGCAGACUAGCCGGGAUGCGUGGAGUGACCACACGAGACUUGUACAGUCACUUUGGCCUCGAGUUGGACGACUGACUGGGAUUGGAAAGGCCUCAUAAUACUGUUAGUGUUAUAUCUUUGUAUUUAUACAGAACACACCAGUGUUUUCUUCAUGCUAUUGGGCAGAAUGAGCCUAAUUAAGAAGUUUCGGGCUGUAAAAUAACUCUGAUUUCAUUAUACAUACAAACCUUCAAAGAAAUGGAAAGGCCUUUGUUAACGCUGUGAGAAGAAUUGCUUCAACGUUUUUCUCUGCACACCGUUUUCCUCAUAUUGUGUUCAUGCCAAAGGCGACGUGUUAUCGUGCACGAGAGAUUAUUGUGCAUGAAAAGGUGCCUACGGCCAUUGUGUUGGCAUCCAAAUCUGCUAAAUUAGAGGAACAGUUUAUUUAAAAAUUCAAUGCCUGUCAUGAAUUCCUUGCCUUUUAUUUGGAUUUGCUUCCUUUCUCAGUUAAAUCCAAAAUGAGACGUCAUGUAGCUUUGAAGAUGCUCAUGUUGUAUGGAAAAGAGCAACAUGAACAUUUUUCAAAACGUCUCAUUUUGGGCUCUACAAAAAAAAAAAAAAAAGGAAGUCAGAUUUGGCGACGGGUUCGUUUAUGGGUGAACUGUUCCUUUAGGGAAGUACUGUGUCAUGAAUUCUGCUUUAUUGUUAUUUUUAUUGUUUUUUGUUAUACUAAGAAAUGCAUUUAUUUGAAAGUUAAUGAAAUAAAGUUAAGCAGUAUUUGUGAGGUUGCUUAAUGUGUUAUGUUACAAUAACUCCCAGCUGUGCUAAAGGUGAACUAAGUACACUAUAUGCUAGUUAUGAUAGAUAAAUUAUGGGCUGUGUCUCAGUAUUUUUGGAUUGCAAAGAUAAAAAAUCUGCUUUGCUGAUAGCAGAUAAUGUACGUAUCACUAUACAGUUGUAAACUGAUUUGUGCUGUCCA